AUGAGGAAGGUGAAGCUGCUUGGCCGCCGCCGCCUAUGCAAGCUCAGCAGCACCUCUCCCUCCCCGUGCCCGCCGUACCCCACCGACGACCACCACGAGCUGCAGGAUGUCGGAAGCUGGGAGAUGGACGAGCCCACCGAGGACUGCAGAGAUGAAGACGACGACCGCGACACCUAUUCGGCGGACCAGGAGGAGGAGAUGGAUGAGGAGGAAGAACUUCCAGAUUUCGAGAUGGAGGCCGCCGGCGGAAGCGGCAUGGCGCCGUACAAGCUCCCUGCACGGAUAUUCAAUAAGCUUUACCCCCACCAGCUCGAGGGGCUCCGCUGGCUCUGGUCUCUCAAUUGCAUGGGAACCGAGACUUGCAUCCCGACUUUUAUCUUGCAGGUUUCUGCCUUCCUGGCAGGGCUGUUCCAUUCCAGUCUAAUCAGGAGGGUGCUAGUCGUUGCCCCGAAGACACUCCUCACAGUUUGGAUCAAGGAGCUUUCAGUUGUUGGUCUCAGGCACAUGAUCAGCGACUAUUCUGGUUCUAACAAGAAUGAUGCUCGUGACUUUGAGCUUCGAAAUGCCUUCAAGGAGGGAGGUAUCCUAUUGACAACAUACAAUAUAGUCAGGAUCAAUUACAAGAAGAUAAGAGGUGACUUCUAUAAUGAUGCUGAUGACGAGGAGGAGGGGAGGUUUUGGAAUUAUGUUAUUCUUGACGAGGCGCAUUUUAUCAAAAAUCCCAAUACACAGACAGCCAAAAGCUUAUUUGAAAUACCUUGUGUCAAUCGGAUUGCCAUCAGUGGAACACCUAUACAAAACAACUUGAAGGAAAUGUGGGCGCUUUUCCAUUUUUGUUGCCCGGAAGUCUUUGGUGAAAAAGAAGAGUUCAGACAAAAGUAUGAGCUGCCUAUCAUUAGAGGAAAUGACAAAACAGCUAGCAAUCGAGCAAAGCACAUAGGCUCAAAUGUACGAAAGAAAUUAAUAGAACGGAUGAAGCCAUAUUUCUUGCGUCGUAAGAAAAGUGAAGUAUCCCUUGAGACUGGUUUGACAGAUAAUAAGUGGCUUCGGAAGAAGAAGAAUGAGCUAAUUAUCUGGCUGCAAUUAACUGAUCUCCAGAGGCAACUUUAUAAAGCUUUUCUGAACAGUGAGCUUGUUCAUUUAGCAGCAUCGCAAGGAAAUCCCCUGGCUGCAAUCACGGUAUUGAAAAAGAUAUGUGAUCACCCACAGAUAGUAACUGAGAGAGCUGCUGAGAACAUUUUGGAAGGCAUGGAUGGAAUGCUAAAUAUUCAGGAAAUGGAGAUGGCUGAAAAAAUGGCCAUGAACCUCGCAGAUAUGGCUCAUGAUGAUGAUGAUGUAGUCGAAGUCGGUCCGGAAGUCUCAUGCAAGUUAUUUUUUAUCUUGGCCUUGUUGCGGAAUCUUCUUGAAGAGGGACACUAUGUUCUGAUUUUUUCUCAGACUCGUAUAAUGCUAAACCUGAUUCAGGAAGCUAUACUAAUAGAGGGAUACAGCUUUUUGCGCAUGGAUGGCAACACUGAGGUUUCUGAGAGGGAAAGGAUGGUGAAGGAUUUCCAAGAGGGCCUUGGAGCUCAAAUAUUUUUACUGACCACAAAAGUCGGUGGUCUUGGACUUACACUCACCAAGGCAGCUCGUGUGAUAGUAGUUGAUCCUGAUUGGAAUCCAAGUACGGAUGAUCAGAGUGUUGCUCGGGUAGAUCGAAUUGGACAGACAAAAGAUGUGAUUGUCUACCGCUUGAUGACAUCUGGAACCGUUGAGGAGAAGAUAUAUAAGUCGCAGGUCCUCAAGGGUGCUUUGUUUAGGGCAGCCACGGAGAAGAAUGAACAGACACGUUACUUCAGCCAGAGUGAGAUUCAAGGUCUUUUUAGUCUGCCAGAACAAGGUUUUGAUGUUUCUCUUACGCAAAAACAAUUGCAAGAAGAGCACGGACAUCCGGUUGACAUGGACGAGUCGUUGAGGGAGCACAUAGAAUUUCUGGAGCAACAAGGAAUAGCAGGUGUAAGCCAUCACAGCCUCCUAUUUUCAAAGACAGAAGUGUUGCCGAUGUUGAGUGAGAAUGAUGCAUUGGGCAGGGGUACCAAUGAUAAGAAAACGGACGAACUCUUCGUUGCUAGAGCACACACAAAUUCAGAUAUCUCUGAAGAAAUCAACCGUCUGACAGAAACCCUCGCGAGCGCGACUCUGGAGUCUGAGGCUGCGUGAAUGUGGACAGUGGCGGACCUAGAAAAAAUCGUGACCGGGGGCGUAUCAUUUGAGUGGGGCAUUUCUUCUCUAAAUUUGCCAAAUUUUAAUGAAUCUUCUUCAGAUUAUUUAGAAAUACCAAGGGAAUUCAAAAUUUGAGUGGGGGCCUAUGCCCCCACUGAGCUAUACCUGGGUCCGCCCAUGAAUGUGGAGAUGAGAUACAUGCUUUAGAUAAUGAAAACUGACGGCGAUCGCUGAUUCGUCUUCAUCCAAGGAAGAAAGUAAUCAGUAGAGUGGUUUUCCGUUUUGAACAUGUGGAUCUAGCAUGUAGAGGCCGGGGUUGAAGUCUUGGCCUACAUGGAAUUCAGUGCAUGCUGAAUAUGUCUUAUGUUGUUUCACCUUUUGUUGGUUCAGUUUCCAUUUUGUGUUCUGGAUAGAUGAAUGAACACAAUGGAUGCUGGUUGCAUGUUUGGACCAUAUGGAUCGUAGUAUGUAAAGGCUUGGUUGAAGUGUUGGCCUAAGUGCAACUCAUUAAUAGUUCAGUGCUCGGUGAAUAUAUAUUGCGUUGUUUGUCCUGUUUCA